AUGGCUCUCCAGAGCACCUACGAGCGGUUUCUCGCAUCGCCCAACCCUGCUCUCCUCGCAGACAAUGCGUCCCUUCACUACAUCACCACCCUGACUACCGUUACCAGUGCCGGCGAGAUCAUCAAGCACCUUAAUAAUCAAACCCACGAGCUCGCGAAGAGGGAGCAAAAGGUUCUCUCGGCCGUCGAAGGAACAGAUUCGUUAGCAGUAGAGAUCCACACCACCAUUGAAUUCUUAACGGGAGGAGGUGCUUAUCUGCCGAAGUUGGAUGAUAACUUCCUAGCUGAUCGCCUUGCGACCUUACCAAUUAUUCACAUCGUCGCCUUCGAUGCCAACGGCCAGAUUCUACAAAUCCGGCAGAGCUGGGAUCAAGGCUCUCUUCUCAAGUUGAUCGAUGUGAUCGGCAGCACCGGCCGCAAUUGGCCAAUCCUGGAUGGAAAGGAUCAUAUCAAGUUGAUCAAUUCGAGUGUUAAAAGCGCCGGUACAUCGCCCGCUGGUGGAGCUUCAAAUUCGAAUGCCGAUGAUCAAGGUCCGAGAUCCCGAGGCGACUCUACCAACAUCACACGCGAUCCUCAUGCAACAUUGUCUCUAUUUGCGCCGCGCGAGAAAAAUGGCCAAGAUGCCCUCCCAGCCGUGGUUGCCCCUCGCGCCUCAGCGAAACCACCACCUCGCGAGUACAGCGAACUCUUUGUUGGAGGGUAUACAGAAGACGCCUUACCUAACCGUACCAAGGCGUCUGCCCGCGAGCCCUCGGAAUCUCCCCCUAGGGCCAUUGCUUCCAAGGUUGGCGCAGGCAAAAAUUACUCGCCGUCGCGCAUCUUUGAUGUCGAUCCCGAGGAAGAAUCCUCGGCGGCUGUAAAGAACCACUCCGCAGCCCACUUAUAUCGCGCCAACCCCAAAAAAUACCAACACUUUGACUUCGGAGAUGGCAGUGAAGAACCAGAAGAAACCCCUCGUCAGCGUCCACUCAAGGCAGUCAAGUCGAGCAAACAUGGAAGCCAAUGGGGUUUUGAUGAUUUCAACACCCCUGCAAAGGUUGUCCCAACUAAAUCCCUGCGCACCAACGACGUUAGACACUGGGGAAACAGCGAUGAUGAGGUUAUGGAUAGCCCUAUCAAAGCUAAGAAAGUCGACAAACCUCGCCCGACUCUAGAACACAACUUUGAGUUCGUAGAUGAUGGCACGCCAGAAGGGGAUCGUCGUCAGACUGGACGGCCUCGGGGAGCAGGUCAAAAUACCGGUCUGGGCCUGUACAAGAACAACCUAUACGAUGACGAGAACGGUGGUGCUAUCGGCGAGGAGGCUAAACAACAGGUCACGAUUGCGAAUGUAAAGGAUCGCCGCAAGGACUUUGACCCGCAUUUCGCUAUGACAGAUGAUUCUCCUUCCGGAACACCUCUUCCAGGAAAGAACUUUGCGUCAGGGGAUAAAGAGCCAUUGGCCGAGGCCCCUGAUGCGGAAAGCAACAAGCAGAAACCCCAAGGCAUUAAUAUCGCUGGCGACGGAAUGGGCGGCAGGAUGGGUACUGGCAGACAAUGGGGUUUCGGGGACGACAGCGAUGGGGAGCAAACCGGCGGUGUCAACAAGCCGUCAAAAUACAAGACCGGGAAGACAUAUGGUAAAGGCCAAGGAUCCGGCGGUGAUUUCUGGGAUUUCUAA